CCUUUUUUUCUCUUUUCUUUGAGUGUUUGUUUUUUUCCACCUGAGUGUUUAAGCACACCUCCUCUUUGCAAUCACAUGGGAGAUGUGACCGCACCAUUCAAUCUCAAUCAUCUCUCACUCGCUCUGCGUACCCGAGUCACUUUCGCUGAGAGAUCUCUUUAACUAAAAGUGUUCCUUGAGAAUUUGUCUAUUUUAAGGAAGUCUCUACACCAGCACAGCACAACCUCUCACGCUGUCGUUUGGCAGAUGUUAAACGACGAUGUGUAAACAGUGGGCACUUUGUGUCGUCUCGCGUGAGAUCUGAAACAAGCUGCUUAUUUACACCUGACCGCGCUUCACGGGAUUCUUAGAGAUGAAGAGGAGAGACAAGCUGAAAAUCCCCUCCCUCACUUUGGAUUUGUCACCCAGCCAGAGUCCCAUCAUCCUGAGUCCAUGCAGUCCAGGCAGCCCCUGCAGUCCUUUACAAUCCCUUCACCCCUGGAGCUGUCGCAGCAGUAAUAGAAAGAGCCUUGGGGUUGGAACGCCGUCGCCCACCCGCCCGCUUUCACCUCUGUCCGCCCACACAGCUGCCAGCAGCCCUCUGGACAGCCCACGAAAUGUGUCCACUGCUAUGUGCUCUCUCAACUUCCCUUUCGCCCGCAGCCACCUGGCUCGAGCUGACAGAGCGGAAGGGAGACGGUGGUCUCUGGCUUCACUUCCAUCCUCAGGUUACGGGACCAACCCUCCCAGCUCAACGGUCUCAUCAUCAUCUUCAUCACAGGAACGCCUGCACCAGCUUCCAUACCAACCCACACAGGACGAGCUUCAUUUCCUGUUCAAACACUUCCGAAGUUCGGAGAGCAUGACUGAUGAAGAUGGGCGGCCCUCACCGUUUAUACGACCCCGGUCACGUAGCCUUAGCCCUGGACGAACUGGCGGCUCUUUUGAUCAUGAAAUUAUAAUGAUGAACCAUGUCUAUAAGGAGCGUUUUCCAAGGGCCACCGCUCAGAUGGAGGAGCGUUUGCUGGAAGUCAUCAGGCAGUUUUCUCCCGACAGCACCCUACCGUUGGGAGACGGCGUCCUGGGAUUUAUCCAGCACCAGUUGGUGGAGUUGGCCAGGGACUGUCUGGAUAAAUCCCAGAAGGGCCUGAUCACAUCCCUGUACUUCAUAGAGCUGCAGGAUAAACUGGAAAAAAUGCUGCAUGAGGCUCUGGAGCGCUCUGAGAGUGAGGAGGUUUCAGUGAUCACGCAGCUGGUGAAGAAGAUCCUCAUCAUCAUAUCACGGCCGGCACGACUGCUGGAGUGUCUGGAGUUCGACCCUGAGGAGUUUUACCAUCUACUAGAGGCUGCAGAAGGCCACGCCAAAGCCGGCCAGGGCAUCAAAACGGAUAUUCCCCGCUAUAUAAUCAACCAACUCGGACUCAACCGUGAUCCCCUUGAUGAAGUCGUGCAGCUCGAGGAGCAGUAUGACUCCGGCCCCACACUGACAGUCGAUUCGGAAGAAACCGCUGAACAGAAUAAAUCUUUACCCGCACCACUGCGAAGAAAACCCUUGGAGAGUGACUUUGAGACUAUAAAACUCAUCAGUAAUGGGGCUUAUGGGGCUGUGUAUCUGGUGAGGCAUAAAGAAACUCGGCAACGUUUUGCGAUGAAAAAGAUCAACCGACAAAACCUGAUUCUGCGGAACCAGAUCCAGCAGGUGUUUGUGGAGCGAGACAUCCUGACGUUUGCAGAGAAUCCCUUCGUGGUCAGCAUGUUCUGCUCCUUCGAGACCCGCAGACAUCUGUGCAUGGUCAUGGAGUACGUGGAAGGUGGCGACUGUGCCACUCUGCUGAAGAACAUGGGCCCACUUCCCGUGGAAAUGACCAGGAUGUACUUUGCGGAGACGGUUCUGGCGCUGGAGUACCUGCACAGUUAUGGCAUCGUGCACCGAGAUCUCAAACCAGACAACCUCUUGAUCACUUCAAUGGGACACAUUAAACUCACUGACUUCGGGCUCUCCAAAAUCGGCCUCAUGAACAUGACAACCAAUCUGUACGAGGGCCACGUUGAGAAAGACACUCGGGAGUUUAUCGAUAAGCAGGUUUGUGGCACCCCGGAGUACAUUGCUCCUGAAGUGAUCUUGCGGCAGGGCUACGGGAAGCCUGUCGACUGGUGGGCCAUGGGCAUCAUCCUGUACGAGUUUCUGGUGGGAUGUGUGCCGUUCUUCGGAGACACCACGGAAGAGCUUUUUGGACAGGUUGUGAGUGAUGAGAUUAUCUGGCCAGAUGGAGAUGAUGCUCUUCCUGUAGAAACCCAGGACCUGAUCACACGAUUACUGAACCAAAACCCACAGGAGAGGCUUGGAAGAGGAGGGGCUUCAGAAGUCAAGCAGCAUCUGUUCUUCAGCGCUCUGGACUGGAACGGACUCCUGCGUCAGAAAGCUGAAUUCAUCCCUCAGCUGGAGGCUGAAGACGACACUAGUUAUUUUGACACUCGAUCUGAACGCUACCAUCAUUUAGCCUCUGAUGAGGAUGAUGAAACUAAUGAUGAAGAGUCUUCCUUAGAAAUACGACGGUUUUCCUCUUGGUCAAAUCGUUUCAGCAAGGUGUACAGCAGCACAGAGCACCUGGCGACCCCAUCCAACCUGAGUUUCUCCUCGGAUCGCAGUCACAGUGAAGAGAUGGAGGACGGGAGGGACACUCACUCACAUGGAGAGAUCCAGAGGCAGGCCUCCACUGGAGACAAGCGGCUCUCGGCUCAGAGGGCGAGUCUGCGCCCUCGCACUUCUUCCAGCUCCUCUCAGCCGGAGCGAGCUGUGAGCCCCCUAGUGGUGAGCAGCACACACAGCCUGGAGGCCAUGCCACGAUUCGCCCUCUCCACAGACGAUGAGGCUGAAGUUGUGGUAUCCAACCUGCGACGAAUCAGACUACGUAGCAACAGCACAGGAACGAAACACUCGUCACCAAGGGAACAAGGGAGUCCGCAGUGCUUUGGAAACCAGCUGGAGACGCCCGACAGGCAGCGACUCUCACCGGGGCGCAAAGUCCCCAAAUCUGCCUCGGUGUCCACCCUCUCGCUCAUCAUCACUCCAGAUGACGGGAGUGGCAGCCUGCAGGCGCACUCCAUUUCCCCUCGAUCAUUUUCCUCUAAUCCAUCAUCCCGAGACUCCUCCCCCAACCGAGACCUGUCACUCAGCAUCAGUAGGCUCCGCCCCCCAAUCAUCAUCCACAGCUCUGGGAAGAAAUACGGCUUCACUUUGCAGACCAUUCGAGUGUACAUGGGGACCAGCGACAUCUACACCAUACACCACAUGGUCUCGGGCGUGGAGGAGAGCAGCCCCGCCCACGAGGCUGGACUGCGAGCAGGUGAUCUGAUCACUCAUGUGAACGGAGAGUCUGUGCAGGGUCUAGUGCACACAGAGAUGAUGGAGCUGCUUUUGAAGAGCGGUAACCAGGUGACCCUGCAGACUAUCGCACUGGAGGACACGUCUAUAAAGAUUGGGCCGGCACGCAAGCGCAGCUGUAAAGGAAAGAUGGCCCGCCGCUGUAAGAGGAGCAAAUGGAAGGACAGUCAGGACCGGAGGCGCAGCAUGCUGAAGAAGCUGUCCAAACAGAGCACCGUCAUGCACAGCAGCCGCAGUUUCUCCUCCGGCCUGCAUCACUCUGUGUCCUCCAGCGAGAGUCUGCCAGGCUCUCCCACCCACAGCCUGUCCUCCGGCCCCACAACACCCUGCCGCAGCCCCGUUCCAGACCACACCGCUGACGCCAGCCUGCCCCAGAACGCCUCUCCGUGCUCCAGCUCUCCGAGUUCACCGGCUGUCCAGAUGCGGCCCAGCUCUCUGCACGGCCUCGGCUCUAAACUAAGCAACCAGCGUUUCACUAAAGUUGGGAGACGGAAGUCCACCAGCAGUAUCCCGCCCUCGCCUCUGGCCUGCACCUCCUCGCCACAGGCCCUGUCCCCUCAGCGCUCCCCCUCUCCCUUACCAAGCAUCUCCAAAACCCUCCACUCCUUCCACGGCAAGACCCUCUCACCCCCCACCAUUAUUCGGCACGUGGUCCGACCCCGGAGUGCAGAACCUCCACGUUCCCCUCUGCUGAAGAGAGUCCAGUCUGCGGAGAAACUCUCAGGGGCUUUGUUUGCGGACAAAAAGCCCCACGCAACCCGCAGACACACACUGGAGGUCCCGCACUGCGAGGUGGACGUCCUGGGAGACGCAGAGGCGGAGGGGGCCUGUGGUGCGACUUAUACAGCGGAUCACAGCAGGCUGGGCGGGUACCUGUGUGCCCAGAGACUGAGGGACUGGCCCGGGGAGCGCAUGGAUCAGAUCGUCGUAAUGCGCAAGCUGAAUCUCUCCGAACGUCGAGAUUCCUUCAAGAAGCAAGAAGCUGUGCAGGAAGUGAGCUUCGACGAGCCUGAUGACAGGGCACCUCAGAUACCCGCUCAGUCGGCCACGUCCGCUGGCGCACGGCCCAAGCAGAUGAUGGGCGAGACGCAGUCGGAGGAGGAGUGCGUGGCGAGGAGGAAUCCGCUGGUUCCCCAGAUCGCCGUGCAGGGAUCAGAGAGCGAGGAAGCAGAUGACUGGAGGCUUUGCUCGGAUGAAGACGAGGAAGAGGCUGAGGAAAACGUGUCUCAGAAUCAGGGUGAACCUCGGGCCGACACAGACGGCCCACUCUCCUCAGCAGCUGCGCACAAAGCCGCCGAGACAAUCGCAGAUGCAGCGAAGCCGGAAAAGCAUCAGAGUCCGGAAAAAAGCAAACUGAAAGAGAGAUGAACGACUGAAGACUGUUACAUAUCCACAGGCUUCUCAACCCAACCGCUGAGAUGUUUGUUGCCACGCAGAAUUCAAACAAAAACCGAGUGGAGUAUUUUAUUAGCGUCUAAAUGGAGUUAAACUAGUCUUAUGCAGGGAAUAUUUAUGCUUUUUUAUUUAUCAUUUACACUGGAGAUGUAUUGUUGGCCAAAAAGAGAACUUAAUUGUUGCUAGUACAUUUUUCUCACCUUCUGUGAACCUGUUGAGGGAAAUUGAAUGAUUUGAUUUUUCUAUGAAAAUGUGCAAAUGCUUUCGAAUCCGUUUCAUCCUCCGAGCUUUUCAUUUUUGCACCGACUUUGUGUGCGAUUUUAUAAAAGCGACGAGUUCAAAUGAUAUUUGACUGGAAUUGUCGUGUGGGCCGUUUCAUGUAUUAUUUCACAAUCUCAAAUGGUUUCCAGAGCGUUUGAAAUGAUAUGCGCGAAUUUGCAAACCAAAUAGAUCGAUCAGUUUUAGAAAUUUGAUUCUAUUCAUUUUUUUUCUUUGGUUUUAAAGAUGAAUUUAGAUUUUAAAUAUUUUAAAUUAAAGGGAUCGUUCAGUCUUUUACUCUCCCUUAAGAAUUUCCAGAAGAAUUUUUGAAGAGGGUCACCAUUGACUUUUUUCAAAAUAGCAUCUUUGUUCAACAGAAGAAAGGUUCGGAACGACGUGAGGGUGAAUAAAUUGACAGAUUUUCAUUUUUAGGUAUAAUGUCCCUUCAGAUCCCUUCCCUGACACGCUGUGCUUCAUGAUUAAGAUUUUCUUUUUCUUAUUUGAGUUUAUAAACCGAAUUCUUUUAACAUCCAAAAACCAAUCGUUAUACAUUCAAUUCUAAAGUAUAUUUCCACAGAGUUCCCACGAUUAUUUUUUACGUUCCUUUCAUUCAUCCCGUGCACUAACCAACCCCCACAGCUUUGCAUGUUAAACCUAAAUAAACUGUUAAAUGUUCACAGGUGCUCAUGGGCACCUCUGAAAUAUUCGUAGAAACCGUAAAGCACACAGUCACACACCUCAUGCGAACUGAAACUCAUGUGUGCACAGAUCACUGCGUAACCGAGCACGUUAUCACGAGUUUUCCAUGGACCGUUGGCCUGUCGGGAAUCCUCACAAGCUUUUGUACUUGGAAUAAUGUUUACAUUUUUAUAUAUUUACAUUUCUACUGUGCGAAGGGAUCUUUAUGGCCUGUUUUGAACGUAAUUACAAAUUUGUGCAGGACUGAAGUCAGUGGGUGGAGGCUUUAGCUAGAUUAUGGUUUUAAAGUUCGGUGUGAUGUCAUUGUUAAUAGGCAGAUCUCGCCAAUUUUGCACACGUCAGACUGUAUGUUUUUGUGUUCAUAUGCAUGACUCUCUUCCAAAACACUUUUUCUAAGUUGAAUGUCAUUAUUUGAAUCUAAUGGGACAGUGUUUUUAUCGCAUGAAGGUGCAACAGUUAUUUGGAUGUUGUCAGUCAGUCAGGACAGCACAUGUCUGACAGGUUCCACAUUUCUGUUAUAUUUUUGAAGUUUAUUGUUAAUUGUGACCUCUUUGUAACUUUUUUGCAUCGGGCUACUGAAAUCGUAAGCACUCUGUAUAAGACAAAUUUGUGUCAAUUUUAAUAGGCUGUUUUUUUCCGCCUGUCAGCUGACCGAUUGCAUGCUGCAUGAAUACACGGUUCACGUUGGCAUGGCAUCCUCAGUGUAAUAUGUUCAAUGGUCAAGUAUAGCCAAGCCUUUGAAUUACAGUAAUGUUAUUAAAAGCUUCAUGUUAUACAGAGCCUGUUGUGACAUUUUAUCCCUCUGUGAUCACAGACUUUAGUGGAUGAAGUGUUUGUUGUGUGGAUCACGUUCAGGUGAGACGCCGGGUCACUAUCUGCCCUUAUAUUCACACUACAGCUUAACAGCACUGGAAAUGCAUCAUCUAUAUAUCCUGAUGUGCUGAUGGUUUCUUCCAGAAUUGUCAAGAAUUCUUGAUUAUUGGUAUGUGUUUGUAAAACAAACAAAAAAAAAAUACUUUUGAUAAAUAUUUUUUUAAUGUUAUAACUGUUUGUCUGAUGUUUUGUAAUAAAUCAUUCACUGGUUAA